AACGCCGGGGAGGGGGAAGGUUUUACUUCCGGGAAGAUGGCGGCCUCCAUGCAGAGCCGGACACGUGGUUGCGGGGAAGGAGUCCGGUGUAACAAGUGAUGCACAGGGAGGCCUGGAAGCUGCAGUGUUCAAGUAGCAUCAAGCUUUAGAAUAGCAACCUGAGUCCAUCAUGAACAGCUCUCCCAAGAACAAGUCCAGGGGGAUGAAGUUUGCGGAGCAGCAGUUACAGAGGCACGGCUGGAAACAAGGCAAAGGGCUGGGGAAGCGAGAGAACGGCAUCUCUGAAGCCAUCAAGGUGAAAGUGAAAUGCGACACAGCUGGGGUGGGUCACGACCCAGCAGAGCAGUUCACUUUCCAUUGGUGGGAUCACCUCUUCAACAAGUCGGCUGCGAACAUCUCAGUGGAGGCUGGGCAGGAUGGCGUCCAAAUGAAAAAGCUUUCUGAGCAGGACGGGGAGAUCAGCAACAAGAAGCCCCGCAAAGCACCCAGUGCCAGGAGCAUGCUGUACGGCCGCUUUGUGAAGGCGGCCACGCUGACGGCAGGAGGGGAGGAGCCAACGAAGCAGGUUGCCACCUCUGAGAGUAGCGAAGACGAGGAGGAGAAAUUGGACCUGUCUAGUGCUAGGAAGCUGACGGAUGAGGAGCUGGUCCGAGCCUGCGGUGGCCGCACUGCGCACAAGGGAGCCCGUCACGGUCUGACCAUGAGUGCCAAGCUGGCCCGGCUCGAGGAGCAAGAGCGAGCCUUCCUGGCUAAGUACAGCCAGGAGGAGCGGAGUGGCGAUGCCCCACAGCGUCAGCAGGAGGCAGUGGCAGGUGCCUCGGCCCUGGAAAGCAGCAACCUGGCUGAGAGGCGGCAGAAAGCCAAGAAGAAAAAGCGGAAGAGAUCCAAAGAGGAGGGGGGCUGUGCCGAGGCUCAUGGGAGGCCAGAACCAGGGGAGGAGGAGGAGGAGGGGAGGCGGGCCAGGAAGAAGAAAAAGAAAGAGAAGGAGGUGGCAGAGGGUUUGGAGAACAAGUUGCCAGACUCAAGAGAGCAGCUGAUGGUGACAGAAAGGGCCAAAAAGAAGAAGAAGAAGAAGAAGGGGAAGGAUCUAACCCUGAGGAUGCCCUGAUGCUGCUGGAGCCCAGCUGGAAGCAGAUGCUCUUAAGGCUUGUCCACCCGGCAGGUUAUUGCGUGAGGCACUUUCAGUGCAUUGCAGCAGCGUCCACACAGGACAUUACAGUGCAGCAGCUUCACACCCGGGCUUGCCACACAGUAACGUGCUGUGUAGACAAACCCUUUGACCCCGGACAAGGCAGAGCCAAGAGGAGACUAAACAUACCACUCGCAGCGCUGAUCACAACUACUGAGCAUGGCUCUGCCUUGCAAGGGAAUCAGCUGAUCACACCACUGGGGAAUAACUCAAUUCUCCAGCUUUUGUGUCGUUAGAAAUCUUAUUUCUGGCUGUUGCUUCCCAUCAGGGGUUGAAGCAUCAGUAGGUGCGGUGGGAGUUUUGCCGCGGACUUUAUGGGGCCAGGGUUUCACCCGCUGUAUGUUUGCAGCAUAGGUCAGUUGCAUAAGAAUGGAUGGGAAGAGAGGGAAGGAAAGGCCAAUUCAGAGAGAUUUUUAGUGUCAAUAAAUUUUUAUUGCGGAGAAAAAACAA